GCUUCUUCGCUGCUAGGGUUUUAGGUAGGGCUUUACGUAGGAGCGCGGGAAAGAACUUGGGAAUUUCGGACCAUGGCCUUCGCCUCCAUCUAUCGUAAUCUAUUUCGCCGUUCCAUCAUUCCACGCCCUCUAUUCCCCCCUGCUAGGCUCUUCAACACGCCGCUCGCCGGCAGUGAAUCCGAUCAAGAGGUAGAUGAUCCCUUUGACGCCUCCACUGCGGGACUUUCCGGCGAGCCGACCACCCAACAACGGAGAACCCCUCAAUUUCGCCCUCUAGAAAACGGUCUCGAUCCUGGCGUUUACAAGGCUAUAUUGGUUGGGAAAGUGGGCCAGAAACCAGUGCAAAAGCAGUUGAAGAGCAGCCGAGUGGUGGUUUUGUUUUCAGUGGCUACAGGCGGGAUCAGGAACAACCGGCGGCCGCUCGAGGACGAGGAACCGAUGCAAUACGCUGAGCGCUGUGCUGUUCAAUGGCAUCGUGUAUGCAUAUACCCGGAGCGGCUCGGAAGAAUAGCUCUCAACCAUGUAAAACCCGG